UUCUAGAACAAAGAACUAUAUAAGAAAAACUCGACAACGCUGAUAAUUAUAUACCUCGAAUUCUACUGAAUAAGUGAAAUCUGAAGAAUAUAGAAUAAUUUCCAUUUUAAAAAAUCAGCCAUGGAAAUUCGUUUAAAAAUUAUUGCGUUUGUCCUAUUUUUACAAGCACAUGAUGUCUAUGGCAUCUAUGGUGGGGACCGAGCUGUUUUAGGUCAGUUCAAACAUAGUGCUGUCCUGUGGUGCAACGAUAUAAUCUGUUGCGGCGGAGGUUUAAUAGAUUUGAGUCAUGUUCUUACUGCCGCACACUGUGUCGCCGAUCUCACAGAAGAUGAUCUAGUAGUAAUGGUUGGACAAGUUAACGUGCGGUUAGUUAUGGGUCAAUAUCUGUCGGCGGUGUCGAAAAUAAUUAUUCAUCCCGAGUACCAUCUUCCCUUGAAUGAUAUUGCUGUUUUAAAACUGCGGGAUACUUUCAUCCAAGAUGACAGAGUCGCACCGAUUGGAAUACCAUAUACACCCAUUAAAGAUUACACCGCUAAGUGUGAGAUGUCGGGCUGGGGUAGCAUAAGUGCAGGAGUAAUACGUGGUCCGGGAUUUCUGAAAUGGGCUCCAUUCACCUUGAAGACACCCGAACAGUGUAAGAGACAGAGACUUGAAAUCGCACCGAAUCAAGUAUGUGCAUACGAUCCAUUCAUGGAGCAUGGAAUAGCAAAGGGAGACAGUGGCAACCUACUUGUUUGCAACAAUAUCGCGGUUGCAAUCCUAUCAGAAACUCCGCAUCGAGUUGGUAAUGGAUUUUAUCUUAUGAUUUACCCCUAUCUGGGAUUCAUCAAUAAUGCAAUACGCUGCGUAGUAUAACCGACCAGCGAAUAAAAAAUAUUUCAUUUAAAAACAAAA